AUGUCUUUCCUCCGCAACAUCAAGAACCUUACCCCCCUCAUGGACCGCGUCCUGGUCCAGCGCGUCAAGCCCGAGACCAAGACCGCCUCCGGUAUCUUCCUUCCCGAGAGCAGCGUCAAGGAGCAGAACGAGGCUCAGGUCCUUGCCGUUGGCCCCGGUGCUCUUGACCGCAACGGCCAGAGACUCCCCAUGGGUGUCGCUACCGGUGACCGUGUCUUGAUCCCCCAGUUCGGUGGUAGCCCCAUCAAGGUUGGCGAGGACGAGUACCAUCUCUUCCGUGAUUCUGAGAUCCUUGCCAAGAUCAAGGAGAACUAA